AGUCUGUAAUGACACCCUGGCCCCAGACAGACGUCUCUUCUUCCAUUUAAAUUUAUAGGAAACUUCUGGUGAAAAUAGUAAAACACAAGCACAAAUAUGCAUCACAUGAUUGACAUUUGCUUCUCCAGAUUAAUUAGCUUUUGUUUUCAGACAGGAAGGCAGCUGUUCUCCGACCACUGCCAGAAAAGCAGAACUAAAACAACCAGAAGGAAAGACUGAGCCCUUGGGAAUGGCCAAUCAGCUGGAGGGCCUGAGGCACUGCAGUGGGUUAGGAGCAUUUUUUUGCUGCCGGGGCGGAGGGGGAGCUGGUUGCAAAACCAGUAUGAAGCAAAAAAAAAAAAAAAAAAAAAAAAGGUUUUCCGGGAGGACAGCAGCGCGGAGAACAGGCCGGGUGUGUCCGGUACAGGCCCGAGCUGCCCGAGCUCUGCGCCAGCCCUGUGAACGCGGAGGCUGGGGGCGGGGAAGCUGUGUCUAGGUCAGCGAAGGGCACAGGAAGCAGGCCACCGACACUGGUCGCUUCGGGAUCCCUGCCCCGGGGCCUCUAGUGGGAAACCGAGUCGAGGACUACAGAAGAUCCUCCGUCGUCCCCCUCACCCCAGAACCGCCUCAGGCAUUUCCGGUAAGCAGCCCAGCGCCCAGGGAUUUAGAUCCCGCAUCGCAGCGCGCAGGCGCCUCGCGAGUAGGGAGGCCGCGGACGCGGACCGAGGGGGCGUGUGAGUCAAAGGAAAGCUUCCUCUGCGCCUGCGCUAUCUGUUCUCCCCAGUUGCGGGUGAGGGAAGGUGGUGGAAACAAACCUUGAGCCGACGUCCCGCGCUCCCUGCACUCCCGGCCGGCGUCGCUCUUCAUUCCUCUGCGCGGUGUCGCGUCCAGGCGUCAAAGAGCUCCGCCGGGGUGUGGGGAGGCACACAAGAAUUAAAUUUUAAAUCAGCCUACAAAUAGGAUGGAAAGUUAUUUUAAAGCAGCAGUCAGUGAUCUGGACAAACUCCUUGAUGAUUUUGAACGGAAUCCAGAUGAACAAGAUUAUCUCCAAGAUGCACAAAAUGCAUAUGAUUCUAACCACUGUUCAGUUUCUUCAGAGUUGACUUCCUCACAGCUAACUUCACUGCUACCAAAGGAUCAACAAUGCAUUAAUUGUUGUGCCUCAUCAGAAACAGGCUAUGAAACAAAUCAGAUUUCCUUGAAUGAAAAAACACUUGAGGGACUAACUUCUGUACAAAAUGAGAAAAAUGUAACAGGACUUGAUCUCCUUUCUUCUGUGGAUGGUGGCACUUCUGAUGAAAUCCAGCCUCUGUAUAUGGGGCGAUGUAGUAAACCUGUCUGUGAUCUGAUAAGUGACAUGGGUGACUUAGUUCAUGUAACUAAUAGUGAAGAAGAUAUUAAAAAAUUAUUACCAGAUGAUUUUAAGUCUAGUUCAGAUUCUUUGAUCGGAUUGGAUUUAUCUUCGAUGUCAGAAACUUUCUGUGCUUCUUCAACAGACCAUGGUAAUACUGUCAGAGAGGAACAGAAUGAUGUCAGCUCAGAAUUACAAAACAAAGGAAUCAGUGGAACUAAAGAAUUUAAUAUAAAGGUAGAUACAACACUUUCAGAUUUGUGUAAUUACAGUGGAAAAGAAAUUUUAAAGGAUAAAACGAUCUCUAAUCAGAUGGAACCAGUUGUUGAUUUUAACAUGCCAGUUGCUUUGACUCAACAAAGUUCCAAAGUGUUUGAUGCCAAAGACCACCUACAACACAAGAACCAGCCAUGUGAAUUAGUAAAAGCUGAUGGCUGUUUGGUAAAAGAAGAGGUAGAUGUGGCCAUUGUAGCUGCCACAGAUUGUUUGAAAGAAGGAGGCAGUGCAAAUGCUUUGUCUUGCAGUCCUCCGAAAAAUGGAGGUUUAUGCUUAAAUGAUUCAAAUUUAAGAGAUGAAAAUUUCAAGUUACCUGACUUUUCCUUUCAGGAAGAUAGGAGUGCUAUAUUUAUAAAACAAUCUGCAACAGAAGAGUCAAGUAAUUUAGAUCUUCAAGAUAAUAAAGAUGUAAUCCAGGAUACCACUUCAACUUUGUGUGUUUCAAGUGAAAAUAUGUACUCCUCAUUGUCCUGUCUUCCAGUACCUGGGUCUUUGUGUGGAUCAUUAAUUGGAAGUAAAGUGCAGGAUGAUUGUUUACCCCAGAAUGAGUAUAAAGAUAACAUAAAAGAUGCAGUAACUGUGCAUGAAGAGGUGGAAGAGAAUGUUGCUCCAGGUGGGGAACCUUUGAAGGAGACUGAUCUUCUGAAACAGGAAAAAUGUAAAAACAUACUUCAUCAGCCACUGAUUGAAAAGAUGGAAGAUAGAAAGGUAGAUUCUGACCAGAUGGUAAUUAGAGCUGAAUCUUUGAAUCACCCUGGUAACAGUUCUUCUACAGCUGCAGAAUCUCAAGUAGAGCUUUCUGGUGCUAAUGCCCCAGAGUCUCCUGAUCAUUGUGAAGGUCUCACUUUUUCAAGCAGUGAUAUCGAUGGGCAAGACUUAGAUUACUUUAACAUUGAUGAAGGCAUGAAAGGUGGCGCACCAAUUAGCGAUGCUGAACUUGACGCCUUUCUAACUGAACAAUAUCUCCAGACCAGUAACAUAAAAUCAUUUGAAGAAAAUGUAAAUGACUCCAAAUCUCAGAUGAAUCAGAUAGAUAUCAAAGGCCUAGAUGAUGAUGGAAAUGUCAAUGAUAUAUAUUUCAAUGCUGAGGCAGGAGCUACUGUGGAAAGUCUUGGUGUUAGUAUGAUUUGUGAAACAGUUGAUAAACAGAAUACAACAGACAAUGGUAGCCUUUCUCUAGGGGAAAAAAGUACAGUUCCAGUUGAACAAGGGUUAUCUAGCACUAAGUCUGAGAUUACAAAUGAUUUACCAGUCUCUGAUAUUAAUAGUCAAUCUGUUCAUGUUGGAGGGGCCAGACCAAAGCAAUUGUUUAGUGUUCCAUCAAGAACAAGGAGUUCAAAGGAAAUAUAUAAGCCAGAUGUUCCAAAUAUGCUUGAAAGUGAACCCAGGAUAGCAAAUACCUUUGUUGCAGCCACUUGUACUACAGAGAAUGCUACUGAUCCUCAGGUUAGCUUCAAUUCUAAUUACAUUGAUAUAGAAAGUAAUUUUGAAGGUGGAUCCAAUUUUGUUACUGCAAAUGAAGAAUCUCUUUCUGCAAACACUUGCAAAGAAGGCCUUCUUUUGGGCCAGAAACAACCUACUUGGGUUCCUGAUUCAGAGGCUCCAAAUUGUAUGAAUUGCCAAGUGAAAUUUACUUUUACGAAACGGCGACAUCAUUGCCGAGCAUGUGGAAAAGUAUUUUGUGGUGUCUGUUGUAACAGAAAGUGUAAGCUGCAGUAUCUAGAAAAGGAAGCAAGAGUAUGUGUAGUCUGCUAUGAGACUAUUAGUAAAGCUCAGGCAUUUGAAAGGAUGAUGAGUCCAACUGGUUCUAAUCUUAAAUCUAAUCAUUCUGAUGAAUGUACCAACAUCCAGCCUCUUCAGGAGACGCACACUUCCAGUAUACCUUCUCCUGCAGCUUUGCCAAUCUCAGCACUUAAACAGCCAAGUGUUGAAGGAUUGUGCUCCAGAGAGCAGAAGAGAGUAUGGUUUGCAGAUGGCAUACUUCCCAAUGGCGAAGUUGCAGAUACAACAAAAUUAUCAUCUGGAAGUAAAAGAUGUUCUGAAGACAUUAGUCCUGUCUUACCUGAUAUGCCCUUGAUGGUAAACACUGUGGACCAUCCUACUACAGUGGAAAAAUCAGACAAUGAGAUAGGAGAUAUUAUAAGAAAUGAGAUAAUUCGAAGUCCUGUUUCUCAGAUUCCAACUGUGGAAAAACUGCGUACAAACACAGCAGCUGAGAGCUUACCUGCUUCUGGUUCUUCUGCACUAGAUGAUGAUGUUUUUGCAGAAAUUGAGGAACCAUCAAGUGCUUCUGGUGUUUUGGUUAACAGCAAUGUACCUGUUGCUAGUCCUUCAGAUUAUAGGUUAUUGUGUGGUAUUGACAAGAGUGUUUGCAACAAGAUUAGUCUUCUACCUGAUGAUGAUGACAGCUUGCCCCCUCUUCUGCUUACAUCUGGAGAAAAGGGAUCAGUGCCUGUAGUAGAAGAACACCCAUCUCAUGAGCAGGUUAUUUCACUUCUUGAAGGCGAAGGUUUUUGUCCUGUUACAUUUGUCCUAAACGCUAAUCUGCUUGUGAAUGUCAAGUUAGCAUUUUAUUCCUCGGACAAAUAUUGGUACUUCUCAACCAAUGGAUUGCAUGGCUUGGGACAGGCAGAAAUUAUUAUUCUAUUAUUAUGUUUGCCAAAUGAAGAUACUAUUCCUAAGGACAUCUUCAGACUAUUUAUCACCAUUUAUAAGGAUGCUUUAAAAGGAAAAUACAUAGAAAACUUGGACAAUAUUACCUUUACUGAGACUUUUCUCAGUAGCAAGGAUCACGGAGGAUUUCUGUUUAUUACACCCACUUUUCAGAAACUUGAUGAUCUCUUAUUACCAAGUAAUCCUUUUCUUUGUGGAAUUCUUAUCCAGAAGCUAGAGAUUCCCUGGGCAAAGGUUUUUCCUAUGCGUUUAAUGUUGAGAUUGGGUACAGAAUAUAAAGCAUAUCCUGCUCCUUUAACAAGUGUCAGAGGCCGAAAAUCUCUUUUUGGAGAAAUAGGACACACUAUUAUGAACUUACUUGUUGACCUUCGAAAUUACCAAUAUACCUUGCAUAAUAUAGAUCAGCUGUUUAUUCAUAUGGAAAUGGGGAAAAGUUGCAUAAAAAUACCUCGGAAAAAAUACAGCGAUGUAAUGAAAGUAAUAAAUUCUUCUAAUGAACAUGUCAUUAGUAUUGGAGCUAGUUUCAGUACAGAAGCAGAUUCUCAUCUAGUCUGUGUACAGAAUGAUGGAGUUUAUCAAACACAGGCCAAUUGUGCCACUGGCCAUCCAAGAAAAGUGACAGGUGCAAGUUUUGUGGUAUUCAAUGGAGCUUUAAAAGCAUCUUCAGGGUUUCUUGCCAAAUCCAGCAUAGUUGAAGAUGGCUUAAUGGUACAAAUUACCCCAGAGACAAUGGAUGGCUUGCGGCUAGCUCUACGAGAACAAAAAGACUUUAAAAUUACAUGUGGGAAAGCUGAUGCUGUAGACAUGAGAGAAUAUGUGGAUAUCUGCUGGGUAGACUCUGAAGAAAAGGGAAAUAAAGGUGUUAUUAGUUCAGUGGAUGGAAUAUCAUUACAAGGAUUUCCAAGUGAAAAAAUAAAACUGGAAGCAGAUUUUGAAACUGAUGAGCAGACUGUAAAGUGCACUGAGGUGUUCUACUUUCUGAAGGACCAGGAUUUAUCUCUUUCAGCAACUCGUUAUCAGUUUGCAAAAGAAAUAGCCAUGGCUUGUAGUGCUGCACUGUGCCCUCAUCUGAAAACUCUAAAGUGUAAUGGAAUGAAUAAAAUUGGCCUCAGAGUAUCCAUUGACACUGAUAUGGUUGAAUUUCAGGCAGGAUCUGAAGGCCAGCUUCUUCCUCAGCAUUAUCUAAAUGAUCUUGAUAGUGCUCUAAUCCCUGUGAUCCAUGGUGGGACCUCCAACACUACUAGUUUACCAUUGGAAAUAGAAUUAGUGUUUUUUAUUAUAGAAAAUCUAUUUUAGUGAAAGAAUGUGAGUCAUAUUAGAUAUUGCAAAUGAGUUGUUAAAACUAACUUCAAGCAUUAAAGCUGAAAUGCCACAGACACUAAGUAAAUAUGUUUAAUGUUGAAACAUGUAAGCUUUGCUUUUUAGGCAGAAAUGAUCUGUUUAAAUCAUUAGCACAAUAUUUAAAUCUCCAAAAAUUUAAGAGAUCCACAGUUUUUGAAGCUUUAUACGUCAUACAAAUACUGAAAAAGACAAGGAUUUCUUUUCUUUAAGUAGCAUUUACUGUGUUAUUUAAAUGCCAAGCCAAAGUAACUGUACUUGGGUAUACCUCUUUAUGCCAAGAAUGAUUUUAAUGAAGGCUCUUUUCAGAUGUAACCUUUUGAGGGAAACACCUGUUUUGUUUAUAUGCCAGUUGUAUUACUGGUUUCUAAAGUCUGUUAAAAUUGUCUGGAUCAUAAAACUUAUAUGAUGACUCUUUGAAUAAGACAGAUAACUUAUUUGUCUACUUGGAGUGGAGACCUACCUCCAUGAUUAGAUAAACUGAUUAUUUGCAUUAAAAUCAGAAUUUUGCUUUUUUUCUUUUCAAAUCAUUAUAAUGUAUAUACACACACACAUAUAUAUGGUUUUCUCUUUAUUAAAUGGGUAUUCUUAAAAUAAUUGUGGGUGCUUCAGGAUUUUGUGCUUCUGUAUUUAAGUAUAUUGUUUUUAUAGCAAGAACAUGUGAUUUGGUAUGUGUUUUAUAAAUCUUUAAUAAUUUAUAUAUAGGUAAUAUUUUUGUAUUGCAGUGCAUUAUUUUUCCUCCUUUCCUUCCAAAGUAUACCACUGUAUAUACCACUUCCGAGAGUGAUUUGACGACAGGCCAGAUGACCCUUGAAGUAGUCAUUAUGUAGCAAUAAAUGAAGCCUGAAACAGGUUUUUGUUUUUGCUUUUCCUUUAAAUCCUAGAAGGUUCUUGGUAAGUCUGCAUAUUUUCAUUGACACCAAUGUAUUAAAUAGAAAUUUUAAUGAACUGCUUACUUUUGCAUAUUUUAAAUCCUUUAUACAGUAGUUAUUUUUUAUAAUAUGAUAUUAACAUAAGUUAAAUUCUGUGUAUUUGAAACUGUUACAGAGCUUUCUUCUUUAAAUAGCAAAAUUUUUGAAAGGAUGUUGUGUUAAAAAAAAUAAAGGUCAUAUUUUAGUUAACCCUAUCAUUUAAGUUAUAUAAAAUAUAAUCAUUAUUUUAAUGCUUUUUUUUAUUCUAAUGUAGAAUAUAUGUUUUUGUAUCAAAAACACUCCUGUGUCUCGAACUAUACUAAAUAGCCCUGUUUUAAGAAACGUAUUUAUGAAGCAUCUCAACUUGAAGACUAAGUCAGGGUUAUAACUCAGGAUCUUAGAUCUCAGGCUAGGAGAGACUGAGAAUUUGAAUCAGUUUGUUCAUACGGUUCCUACUGAAUCACAUCUGUAGUCCUAGCCAAAGACAGUAUGGAGGAAAAUAUCUGUCUUUUUGAAGUAACUGCGUCAUAAACAAUGUACAAAUGUUGCAGAUAUUAAAUAAAAUGAUAACAAUAAUUUGUGAAAUUGUUGACAUCUAUAACAAAAAAUUGCAUAUCAAACUCAGUUUAUGUUUUCUUUAUAUAGUGUGUUUAUUUUGCAAUAAAAGUUAAUUGCACAAUCUGUAAAUACUGAAUUUACUUUAAAAUAACCGAAAGGUGAGAAGGGCUUUUCCCAUAAUAGGAGAACUUUGGAUUUUUUUCCGUAAAGUCUCUACAGCUAAUAAAAAUUAGAAUCACAUGCCUUUAGAGGCAUACUUUAAGGUAUUCUUUGUAGAUGUGUGAUAUGUUUCCGAAUGCAUUUGGUCAUGUUCUUCACUUUGAUACUUAAUUUAAAUUUUUAAUUUUUUUAAUGGUGAAGAAAUAGAAUGGUUCUUUUUACUUAGUCUGCAUUGAUCUAUUUUUUGCCUUUUAAGAGUACUGUCUUUCUGGAGUUCCCAUUGUGGCUCAGAAGGUUAAAAACCAGACAAUGUCCAUGAGGAUGUGAAUUCGAUCCCUGGCCACGCUCAGUGAGUUAAGGAGCCUGCAUUGCCACAAGCUGCAGCAUAGGUGGUGAUGCAGCUCAGAUCCCGAGUUGCUCUGUCUGUAUUAUAGGCCAAUGGCUAUAGCUCCUAUUUGACCCCUAGCCUGGGAACUUCCAUAUGUUGCAGGUCUGGCCCUAAAAAGCAAAAAAAAAAGUACUGUCUUUGAAUUUUGAAAUAUGAAGUACAAUUUAGCCCCUCUUCUUUUUUUUCCCCAGCAACCCAGUGGACUAAGUGUGUCUGUAUGCUUGCUAUAUGCAUCGCACUUUAUUAGGCUUUAUUGAUUGAAAGGUGAAUAAAAUAGUUCUUUGCUUCUUGGAGCUGAAUGUGAGGCAGGUAAAAACAAAGUAAAAGUAACUGCUACAUAGAGACAUGAAUUUUAAGGAGCUGGUCAGAAAAUAAUCCAGGAGGAGAGCCAUACCAGUAAUGAGAAGGCCUGGCAUUAAAUUCUCUAGGCAAGAGUUGAAAAUCUAAAGAGUAGAUAAUAUGUCAAAACACUGAUCUUUCCUUUUUUUUGGGGGGGGGGUGACUGCUCCUGUGGCAUAUGGAAGUUCCCAGGCCAGCAGUCAAAUCCAAGCUGUAGCUGCCAGCCUACACCACAGCCACAGCAGUGCCAGACCUGAGCUAUAUCUAUGACCUACACCACAGACCACUGCAACACUGGAUCCCCAACCCACUGAGCGAGUCUAGGGAUGGAACCCACAUCCUCAUGGACACUAGUUGGGCUCGUAAUCCACUGAGCCAUAACAGGGAUUCCUUGACUCAAAUUUUAAAAAAAAACUAUCUGAGUACCAGAUACCUCUAAACCAUCCUAGAUUUUAAGUUUUUUCUUUGUGAUUAAAAAAAAAGUUUCAUAUAUAUAAUAUUUAAAUUCAAAAAUCAGAAAAAUGUUAAAAACUUAACGAGGUUUUCAUUUUUUUCUUUUUAGGGUCACACCCUUGGCAUAUAGAAGUUCCCAGGUCUAGGGGUGGAAUUAGAGCUGUAGUGGCCUACACCACAGCCACAGCAGCAUGGGAUCCGAUUCGCACCUGUGACCUAUACCACAGCUCACCGUAACGCUGGAUCCUGGACCCACUGAGCGAGCCCAGGGAUUCAGCAUGCAUCCUCAUGAAUACUCGUCAGGUUUGUUACUGUUGAGCCAUGAAGGGAACUCCAACGAUAUGUUUUACCAUAUUGUAUGCAUCUUCCUUGUUCUUCUCACCCUCCAAUCUCAACAAGUCAUUUUUAUUAGUUUCUUGUGUAUCUUUCCAAGGGUUAGGUGCAGUAGCAGCAAAUAUGAAUAUAUAUUUUUAAUUCCUGAUUUUUUAGAUAAAGUAUGGCUGUAUAUACUAAAGAACACAAUGUCAUCUCCUCAAUUACUUUGAGUUAUGUAGUUUAUAUUUAGAAUCUUAAAAGUUUCAUUGCUUCUUAAAACACCGUAUGUUGAUAAAAAGCAAUCUUAAUUACAGGAAAGCAAGAAAAUCCCUUAUUGGAAUUAUGACCAUAUGUUUCAGUAGGAGGACUUUCUUAUAACAAAUUUUUACUACUAAAAUACCUGCAAGGUUAUUUUUUAUCUGAGCUAUAUUAAAAACCUUUUUUUCCCUACCCAACACUCAAUUUACCAUCUAAUUUUAACCAUCUGAAUUUACCUAUUACCACAAAUUGACACAUUGGGUUUUUUUAAUUCCAUAUUUUUAGUAGUCUAAAUCUCUUUAUAUUCUUAUUUAGCUUGGAAUGAUACAUAAUUUAAUACCUUUUGGGAAACAUUUUCUGCAUUUGUGUUGAUAAAAUUAUAGCUAUAUGUUCACACUUCUUACAAAUGAAAAUAGAGGUCUAAUUCAAGUGCUUUAUUAUAAACAUCUGAGUAUAAUAAAGUUUUUUUUUU